UCUGUGGCUGGAGCAGCAGGAGGAGAGCCACAAGGAAAGCUAUAAAAGUAACAGCGCGUAUCUGAUUACACUCAUUAACAAACCGACCCAGCUUUCGUUAACUUGAACUAAACAACUGAACCCCAAGUGGAGAUUGUGAUUUGGAUUUAAUUGAAGUUCGUACCAAAAAAUCAGUGAAAAUGUUAUCGUGUGUGGAAAUGGAUAACAACAACCUUUCACCAAACAUUGGACUCACAGUUGGAGCAGGAAAUAACAACAAUAGCAGCGAAAAUAUCUAUAUAGAUAUUCCAACGCCUUCGACGAGAAGUGUUUCACCGUUAUCAUCUGUUUCGCCGGGACGAGAUAAAUCGUUUGGAUUUUUUCAAAACAUCUACCGCAAAAUUGGUUUAAAAUCGAGUGAAGAUAUCAACAACGACGAAGAAAAUUUCCGCAGUUCCUCGCUGGAUUCCAGUUCUUCGAUCAGUGACCGAUUGCAGGCUUCUGAAGACAGUGGAUCCAAUACGUUUGCCAAAUCGAUUGACCCAGUGCUAAAUUCCGAACUCUCCAGCGCAUCCAGUGAUUCGGUGUGUGAUUCUUCUCGCGAUAUUGUAAAAUCGUUACGAUCGAGACGCUCCUCGGUUCGUAAACUGUUGGAAAGCCUGACGAUAGCCACCACAGCGAGAACACGGUCGCUAUCAUGUAGUAGCACCUCAGUGAAUUUUCUCAACCAGAAAAGUCUGCAUAUGAAGGCCGAAUCUAAGUCUUCCCUGUUCAGCACCAACAGCGGCUCGGUUACUCCCAGCAACACGACCAGCAAACCGUCACCGAAGAAAAUACUUAGGCGCCCGGUUUCAUACACCUAUCUGCGGGGUAUCUCUGGACUUCCCACUCAGCGUGUUCCCAGGUCAUCGAUUUGCUGCAGCUACUACGUGCGUUAGUGCGCGGUACAAACUCUUCGAGGGAACUUAUCGGCGUUUACGCGAAAUAUUCAUAUCAACUGCAACUGGAUAACAAAUAAGACUCCCCUUUUCUUGUGACGAAACUAGCAAAGCAGAACGAAUUUUGUGAUUGAUUAGCGUGCGAAAUUGUGAACCAAACCAAACAAUAUAGACUCAAACGGCAUUCGGUACCUUGUGGCGCUUUCGAGUGUAGCUGAUUUCCAACCCGCCAUCGGUGCGGAUGUUUUGUUAUGUAGUUUGUAAUAUCAUGUUUUCACAGCGAAGAAGGGAACUUUGAUACAGCGCAUAUGAAAAAAAGUAAUGAUAAAAAUUCGGACAAUUAAAGUGCAAUUAUUCUAAAACUCUUCACUUAUUGGGUACGAGUUCGAUGAAAAUGUAAUACAAUUUGACCAAAUUAAAUGAUGUGGUGCAGUAAACCCUUCUUUGAAGACUAAGUAACCUAAGCUUAAUGAUAAUACUAUUAAUUAAAAACUAAUCAAAUCCUUGCGAGUGGAUAGUAGGAUGUAGGUAAUAAUUAUUGUAGAUAACACUUAUUGCAAAUAAGUUUUGAACACUAAUAACAAGAGAUUGAUAAACAGUUUCUGCAAAAUACGUGGGGUUCAAUCCCGACCACCGUCGACGUCUGAGGCGAAAAGUCUAGUCACGAAAUGAAGUUGUUCUCCCUGUUCACGAGUUGAUAAAAGGUAUGGUGCAGGUGGAAUCACCUCCCUGGCGUCGGUGAUUGGUCAUGAUUGUGACGCUCAUAGACCAGUCGGGAAUGAGUAGAGAUAAAUAGCUCACCACAUGUUUUCUAUCAGUUUAGAAUUCUCUCAAUUCAAUAUUGUUGAAAAAUAAUGAAA